UGAUAAUCGAUCGUCGACCUAAUAUCAACAUUUGUUUACUGAGUUCUUAUUUAAUUCAAUAAUUAUAAUUAUCAUGUGUAUUGUGACUGAUAUUUCGAUGACUGCUGAAUUAUAAAUAACGAUAAUAAGGUGCUGAUAAUACAUCACUAAAAACUAACCGAUAACCAUUCACCAGUAAAUAGCGGCUUUAAAACGAUUAUCUAAAACGUUAAGAAGAGAGCGCUUAAUAUUAAAUAAAAUCGUAUUAAAAUAAUCGACCAGUUAUAUUGAGGCAGCAGAACAAGAUUAAAAAAACCUUAAGAGUGUAUUGCACCUACAUAUAUAUACGGUAGACUACUACAACUAUAUAUGCAGCUAAACCGUGAAGCGAAGAGUCGAUACAGCCAAAAGCGAGGAGCCGAGUGGAAAAUAUGAAGUAGUUAGAAAAAAAGGUGCAAGGUGUCGCACGCUGUAUUAUUCUAGCUGGGCUAUAAUUGAUGCUGGUUGUUAUUUCGGACUAUGGAUCCACGGCUGCUUGUUGAUGCUAGCCUUAACCUCAGAUAACUGUUGUUAUUGUAUUGAUCCGAGCACGUUUUUUUAAGCGAAUUUUUAUUAAACAAUAUAAUAAUAUAUCUGAGGACAGUUAUUUAUUAUUUUUAUAUUAAAAAUAGAUAUUUAAACACUUGUAUUUAUUUUAAUUGUAAAUUCAGUGAUUGUUGUAAAUUUUGUUAAGUGUCUAUUGUUAUUUUGCUGGUAAUUUUGUUUAAAAUUAGACAGCUAAAUUUUGUGGUUUGUUAUUGAAAUAAAACAGCAAAUAUAUUGAAUAAAAAAAAUAAUUAUUGUAAAAAAUAUUUAAACAAUGGCAGCUGCAGUUGAAAAUUUCGACGAAUGGUUAAAAAAAAAACUCGAAUCAUUGAACACCGACGUCGACGUAUUUGGGGGUUAUAUCAGAGGGAUAUUAGAAAGUGAUGAGAGUUUGGCCGAAAAACGUGAGGCGCUAGAGGAAUUAAUAUCGAGUGUCACCGAAAACGAUAUCGAUAGUCACGUGUCGGAGAUCCUGGGGUCAUGGAACGAAUUUUUCUCGAAAGUGACCUCCGAUACUGAAGACGAUCCUGUAGAGGACGUCGAGGUUCGGCUUGCGAGGAUGAUGGAGUCCAAGAACCUACCGACCGUCGCCAAAAAAAGCUACUCUGAGGAGGAUCGCAAACUGAGAGACGCGAUUAUUAAAAAAUACGGCGAGGUCGCGGAGGGAAAGAGUGACGAAGAUGAGGAUGGGGAUGAAGAGAGCGGAAGCGAGACCGAAUUGGAGAAGAAUAUGAACGCCGCUACUAUCGCCCAGCAGGAAAAGGAAAAGCGAGAGAGGGCGAAACUCGAGAGUCAAAAGAAGAAAGAAAAGGACAAGGAGGACCGGGAAAAACAAAUCAAACUCAGGGAAGAGAAAAAGGAAAAACGCAAGACACAGAAAGUUGAACGCCGUAGAUAAAUUUCUUACUUUUUUAUUGUUUUGAUUUAUUUGUUUUAACGCUUGUAGUUUUUUUUUUUUUUUUUUUUGUUAAUAAAGCUUUCUUCCGUUUA